GAGACUCUUUGAGAAAAGCCUCCAAGAAUGUUAGGAAUAACAGAGAGCCCCCUGGUGGCUGUAAAAUGGAAGUGGCGCCGUUUAAAAAAAUAAAAAAUAAAAUAAAAAAGUACUGGAUUCCUUCCAACACAUGAUGAAAGUAUUACUGAAAUUGUUUUAUCUUCACUAUUUCAGAAAUGUAAACCAUAGACAUCAGAAAUAAAUUGUAUCCUAAUGUUGUAGGUGAGGUUGUAUCAGCACUCUGAGAGAGAUCAUAUGUGAUGAAUCACUUGCAUGAUGAAGUCAUCUGCGGGGGAUGCGGGAGGGAUUACCUGGAACUCUGAGGGCACGUUCAGGGCACUUCGGUUUUAUAGUAUUUCACUCAGCUUUUACGGCUGUGGGUUUUCUGCCCACUUGUGAUGUGGUGUGUGCGUAGGAAUGCCUCCUCACCCAGAUUCAUUACCCAUGCACAUUUCAUCUCCCCUUUUAUACUGGCCUUGCAUGAGAACCUUUCGUUCUGUGAGUAAGUGCGAUUGAAAACCCUCAUAUAUCGUUUCAAAAAAACAAAUUGGCACAGUGUAGGCACUCCCGAAACAUUUGCUUACUAUUGCAGUCUCACGGACAAGACGAUGGUCUGACUCAGUACACAAUGUGGUCAUGCCUUUAAUCUGUCACUGAAAACAUCUUUUUUUUUCCCACUUAACAAUAACCUUUGACACACACUUAGACUUUUCGGUACUGGAAUACAUUAGCUUGUUUUUAUGUAUGUAUUAUAUCACUGUCCAUCCGCAGGUUUAGCAGUGAAGUCUAGCAUGGUUUUAACUUUAAACUCAAAAUAUAGCAUAGAAAUGGUGUCACCUUAAAAUUAAUUCAUUUAAAAGCAAUUAAGAUAUGGCACAAGAUAUUUAAUAUUUCAGUAAACUGUGCAGCUUUGGUAAACCUCUGAAGGUUGCAAGUAAUAUUCCCAAUUCCAUUGAUAAAUAUUUUAGAAGUUUCCCUAAGCAAAGUCCUUGCUUUGCUGCUGCAGUGUUCCAUGAACUUUCCCCUGUGAAAAUCUGUUUUAUGUUUCUCAUGUGGUUGCCAUGAUUUCUUUUUAAACCAUUCCACAUCUACAAUAUUUUUAGGCGAAUGACUGACAGAACAAGUUUAAAUAUAUAAAUCUGUGAGAUUAUAUUACCACCACAGCAAUGCAAUAACAAUCUUUGCUAUAGUCAUUUAACACUUUGACAGUUUUUGUUUAUUUUUGACUCAUUGUAUGAAAAAUUGUGGGAAAAACAACACAACAAGCAGCUCAGGAUGUUUGAUAGGCCAGCUGCUUACACAGACAUUCAAAGAUGUUACAUAAUAUCAGGGAAUAAGAAGGAAUAAAACACUAGGAGAGGUGCUGUUAUAGGAAAGUAAUCGACAACAGGGUGAGUGAAGUGGACCGAUGAGAAACGAAGUUGCUGUUACCACAGUGAGGGGUGAUUAUUUGCCAAUAACAACAUCCAGAAGAGCUUUGUUCCUCUUAUACCACAGCAAUUUGCCAACAUGCUUAAUAUACUGCAGUUUAUAUACUGCAAACGUUUUGCGUUGUGGAAUGUCUGAAAAACCAGAUAGUUCCCGAAUUCACUUGCAGUCACUUGAUUAUCUUGUUAUAGUGGCUCCUCUCAGUAGGCAGGAUAUAUUAGGCACCAAGUGAACCGUCAGUUCUCAAAGUUUAAGGGCAAUUGUAAGGAUCUGAGAGACUUUUACUGAGAGCCAAAUUGUGAUCAGAGCAGGUCCAAAAUGGAUGAUCCUAGUAUGUAGUGGUUAGUACCUACCAAAAGUGGGCCAAGGAAGAACAACCAGUGAACCAGUGACAGGGUCAUUGGAGCCCAGGGAGCUAUUGAAGAAGGGGACCUGGUCUAAUGAACCACAUUUUCUUUUACAACAUGUGGAUGGCCAUAUGUAUGGCACAUACCUGUGGAAGAGAUAGUACCUGGAUGCACUACACUCUGUAUAAUGUUCUGCUGGGACACCUUGGGUCCCGACAUUCAUGUGGAUGUCUUUGACAUGUACCACCUACCUAAACAUAACUGCAGACCAAGUACACCCUUCAAGUCACUGGUAUACUCUAAUGCAAUGAACUCAUUCAACAGGAUAAUAGUUUGAGGUGUUGAUGUGGCCUCCAAAUUCCCUAGUUCUCAAUCAGAUUGAGCAUCUGUGAGAUGUGCUGGACAAUGCAGUCCGAUCCAAGCCAGAAAACCACAGCACACCUUCAGAGGUCUUGUGAAGUCCAUGCCUCGAAGGCUCAGAGCUGUAGGCACCUACAAAAUAUAUGGCAGGUGAUUUUAAAGUUAUGGCUGAUCAGUGUCUGUAUAUUAUGUAACCUUAACACACUUGCAUUUUGCAUAUUUCUUCACAGAAACUAAGCAAAUAUUUUCCGCACCUAUUGCUGAAAUAGCCAAUUAAAUAGCAGUUAGAGGACAUUCUACCAUGUAUAUGUGAAAAUGACUAGACAGGACUCACCUCGCAAGUUCAUAGAGAUGCAUGUAGACAUAGACAUACUUUCAAACGAGUGAACAAAUUAGCCACAAAAGUUGCAUCACAACUGACCUUAAGAACAAGCUAAACUGUUGAAGUAUUGUUGAAGAAAUUCUUAUUUAAUCUAACUCUUUUAGUAGGUGUUCAGAGCUACAUGAUCACACUUAAGAAAAAACUGAAUUAUGACAGGAUGAUGAUAGAGUGUGAGAGAGAGAGAAUUUUGUGUAGACCUGGGAUGCCUGUCAUUGCCAUUCUUUCAGACCCAACUCAAAAUUCACCACUCUGGUGUGACUUCAUCAGUGAUCACAUGGGAGCUUGGGUAUGGACAAGUGUCUGAAAGCUUACCGGAGACAUAUCAUUGAGAUGGGACUGAGGCAAGGGGGCACAUAGGGGUGGGUUGCAAAACGAAUGACCUGGAACCAUCGGUGUGUGUGAACAAGUGUUAAUCCCCGGAAUAAGUCGAUACACACACAAGAGGUGCCAAGAAAGAGUUGAUGUUGGAUCAUGAGCAGAUGUAAUCAUACCUCAACACUAUAAACAGGUAAGAGACUCACAAUGUCUUGCAUUUGUGAACAUAGAUUUGAUUGGAUGGUCUGUCAUAAAUAUUCUAAUUAAUGCCUGGCAGUAUGUCAUCACAGCAUUCAUAUGAGGUGAUUCAGUUGGUAAUUCAUUUACUUUUACAUUUAAAGUCCUGUACUAUUGAAUUUACAUAAGGUAUAAAAAUAGUUCUUGUGUUUGUUUACUGCUGAUGUACUCAGUACUAAUGAUAUAGUACACAGUGGACACUCUAGAAGAGAGGGACAGGUUUAAUGCAGCCCAACAAAUUAAUUUGAAAUCCAUGGUCUAAAAUAAAAAUGAUCUUGUCGACUGUAACUGAAUCAAAAGCUUUUUUAAGAAUAGUUACUAUCCCAGAGGCAUAAACUCAGCUUCUUAAAAAUUGUGUGUAUUUUAUUUUUCAAUGCUACAAAUUUGAUGUCUCUAAUGUCUCAAAUAUUUGUUUUACAGUUCUGAUUUGGAAAUCAUGUUGCAAACUAUAUUGACUUUCUCUGUUUCAAUAUUAUGUUAAUAUUUUACAUUAUAAUCAACAUUACUAUACAUGUUCAAUAUUGUGCAUAUCUAAUGUUUAUAAUUUAUUUUAUAAAUUUAUUUUAUAAAUUAUAAGGCAUAAUCUUUCAGAUAAAUGCUGAAAGCAUUUAAAAAGUUUUUCUUUUCCUCUGGGCCACUUGACAAUGAGGUUUUUGACGACUCUGCUCUAUAGAUUUGACAUGGGAUAUGCUUUCAGCUCUGAGACUUGCCACAAGCUUUAAAUAAAUCCAAAAAAUAACCCCUUGUCCUAAAGAAGUGACAGUGACAUUCAUCUGACAAGCUGAUGGCCCUCGGAGAGAGUCAGCUGACUGCCACCCUGCUAACUUCUGUGGUGGCGGCAGUGUUUGGCUCGCUGCAGAUCGGAUACCACACCGGCAAUGUCAACUCUCCAGCCAGAAUCAUUGAAGACUUCUUCAAUGUGACAUGGAAAUCAAGACACAAUCAAUCCAUGCCAGACCACAGUUUGACAUUUCUGUGGGCUCUGUCAGUCAGCAUCAAGGAUUUUGGAGCCCUGUUGGGUUCACUGGGUGUUAAAGGCCUGGCUGAUUCCUAUGGGAGGAAAAAUGCCAUUCUCAUAGCAAACACUUUCUCUAUAGCGGGCGCCUGUCUGAUGUUCCUAAGCAAAGCAGCUGAAUCUUUUGAACUUCUUAUAGUGGGCCGUUUCAUUUUUGGUCUUUUCUGUGGUCUGGUGAUGAGCCUGAACCCGCUGUAUAUCCAGGGUGUGUCCCCGAUUAACCUCCGUGGUGCCUUUGCAACUCUUAACCAGGUUUCUUUUGCCUCUGGCAUUUUCCUGGGCAUGGUGGUGGGCUUAGAAACAGUCCUGGGGACACAAAAGUACUGGGCGUUUAUGCUGUCUCUGUCCCUUAUUCCAGCUGGCCUUCAGUAUAUAAUCUUACCUUUUUGCCCUGAGAGCCCACGCUAUUUCUUCAUCAGCUGUGGAAAAGAGCAAGAAGCAGAAUCUGCUUUAAGAAGGUUAAGAGGAAACCCUGACAAGGUAACACAGGAAAUGGAUGAGAUGAGAGAGGAAGCAUCUCACAGUGAAGCAAGAAUAACUAUCGGGGAAUUCUUCAUCAAACGCUGCUAUAGACGGCCCAUAAUACUUGUUCUAAUCAUAAACCUGGGCAGCCAGUUAUCCGGAUUCAAUGCGAUCAUAAAUUACUCAACAAAAAUAUUUACCAAGGCCAAAUUUGAAGAAGCAAAAUAUCUGACACUUGGAGUGGGAGCAAUCAACGUGGUAUUCACCAUCGUGUCUUUGCUCCUGGUGGAGAGGGCAGGGCGCAGAAAGCUGCUCCUCACUGGCUUCCUAUUGGUAGCUUUUUGUAAUUUACUUAUGACCAUCACAGACUCCUUGCUGGACAUAGUCCCGGACAUUCGUGGUUUUCAGGUGCUUGUGGUGUUUCUCCUGAUUUCAGCGUAUGAGCUGGGACCAGGGCCCAUCUCUUGGUUCAUUGGUGCUGAGCUCUUUGACCAGCCAGCCCGACCCAUUGCCAUGGCUUUCACCAGCAUGCUCAACUGGGGAGGAAAAUUUCUGCUAGCCCUCCUUUUCCCACCAUUAUUGCACCUGUGUGGAGCUUACGUCUACCUCCUCUUCAUGUCCAUGGCCUUGAUAGCAUUUACUUACACAAUGCAUCGCCUCCCAGAAACAAAGGGCCGAACUUCAGAUGACAUUGCUGCUGAGUUUCGUGGGGCUGAGAGCAUUCCCCUGUAUAACAAAACAAGUUUUAAUACUUUCACUUGAACCAGAAGUCUCUACAACAGUGGAUUCUUUGGCUUCGGCUGUAGAACGAUCAAGAAGAAGCUUUUAAUUCCCCCCAGACCAACAGAGGGCACCCUAAGCCAUAAUUUGAACUUCUUUUGUUGCUGGUUCUAUUUACUUAUCCUCAUGUUUUCUGGUGGUUUGUUAGUCACCUUAUUUAAGGUCCUUUGUUUCACUGUUUCCUUUUUCCAGAUUCUGUACAUGCCAUAGCCUUGUUCCACAUUUUUAGUUUAUUCUUCACUGUUUGUUUAUUCCUUGUUACACUGUAGUAAUAAAUAUCUGCACUUGCA